AUGUCAGCUCUACAGGGACUGCAAAAUCAAAGACAGAGGUUGAGCCGGAUCGCAGAGCAGCGACGAGAUGAGCGUCGCCGUCUUGCCCAGGAGAGGUUCAACGAACAAAAGUCUGGUGGCUCACAGUUCAAUCAUGUCAAGAAAGAGCGCUCCGGAAAUGAUAUUGUUUUCACGACUGAUGGCAGGCGUAUCAAGUUAGAAGACACCGCAGAAGAUGAGGUUCGCUCUUUACCUUCCUUUGAAUUCCAUCGGCGUGGAGAAACAAAUAUCGACAACUCUGCGAACCAGAAGCGGUCGCCUCGAACACUCGUUAGCUCGGAUGGAAAACAAACAGGUCGCCCAACAGAUGUUAGCUCUCCUGCCGAUGUGGAGCAUGGGCCAAGCCCACACUCACACCCAAACCCAAAUUCGACUCCAGGUCCAGAUAAGUCCAAUAGACCUCGAUGCACUUGCCCAGUCGGAAGAAAUUGUGAGGCGAAGACUAACGAGCUGGUUGAUUGCCGCACACUCGUAUUGGAAACAAAGGCCUGGGAUAACUGGAUUAGUGAGCGAAAAGAGUUCUUACAAUCUAGCCUCCCGCCAAAUGUGACACCUGAGGACGAAGAAUACAUGACUCUCCAAGAGAUGCAGGACUUGCUCAAGAUCCUCCAUAGAGUUGAAAUUAGGCCCCCAAAGAGUGUGGCUAUUCGCAGGGAAUUCGAAAACUUACAAGCAUGGAUCCUGAAAGCCCAAACCAAUUCUGUGACCCAAGAAGUGCUCCAGGAGUCUAUGGUCCUUACUCGGCUGGAAGAGUUCCUUUCCGAAGACUAUGCAACCCUCAGAGAGAGCAAAAGAGUGCACAUAAGUAUCGUCGAGAAUUUGACGAUCAUUUAUCGCAAAUGGGAACUCGGUGACCUGAGCGUGGUAGCUCGCCGUGGCCUCAUCCAAAAUCAAGAAAGAGGCUUAGUUCGCGCCGAUGAUCACUGGCCCUAUGCACGGAGUGCAGAUUAUUUCGGCCACGGCCACCUAGUCAAUGGUCAAACGUGGAGAUCGCGAGCAGAAAUGCGUCGUGACGGGGCUCACGCACCGCCCAUCUCUGGUAUCUAUGGAACGGCCAGAGAAGGUGCAAAGAGCGUCGUUAUGGGCUAUCAUGAUGAAAGCAAGAAGGAUUAUUAUGCAGAUAUUGACGAAGGUGACACGAUUUUCUAUAUGGGCACAGCUCUUGCCCGAGCUGCGGACGAUGAGGAGGCAACGAACAUCAAGGAUCGCCAGUCACACACUCCUGGGAUGACGCAUCUCAACAGGAACGGUAGAGGCCCGACUUCCGGGACUCAAGCCUUGAUCACGUCCUCACGAACCAAACGACCCGUCCGCGUCUUCCGAUCGUCUCGACUUGCAGACAUUGUUACGCACAAACCCGUCCAGGGCUAUCGAUACGACGGGCUAUACAAGGUCGUGGGCUACGAGGUGCUGAAAUUGGAUCGCCAAAUCUAUCGCUUCGGGAUGGUCCGCGUGGAGAAUGGCCAAGGGCCUUUGAGAGAAAAUCUCCCACCACCGGCACCCACUCAUAGGAAGCGUCGACGCCAUGCAGGAGAAAUUUCCGAUGAAGAUUGA